GGCUUGGGGAGGGGAGCGCGAAGGAGGAGCGGGAAGCGGGGGAAGCAAAAGUUGCCGUGAGGGCGGGGCCGCGCCCGGAGUCGCCGCCGGGAGGGGGCGGGAGAGGAGCUGCGUGAGGAGCCGGCGGUUCACAGGAAAGAGAAUGAAUGAACAUGGAGUCUUCUAAACUGGAAUAUAUUUCAUGGGUUACAGUUAGAAGUAAAAAGAAGAUGGAACAAAAUGAGAGAACAGGAGUAUAACAGCUGACAAGAACUGUGCAGUUCUGUGAUGUAGAUACAUACAUAUAAACUUUCAGUAUAAUACAGCUAAUGAUUUAUAGUAAUACUUUAUUGAUAUCCCUGGAAGAAGUCAGUUACUGUGCAACUUGCUUAAUAAGAACUUUUAUUCUAAUUAUUUUUAACAUGUUUUAACCUUAACUGGACACUUUUGUUUAUUUAUUUUUUAAAGACUGAGGGUUAAAAACUUUGUUCAGCUGUAUUUUUACUGGGAGACUGAUCCUAAGGGAUGGCUCACGGCUGCUCAUGGAAAAUGGACUUUAGCCCAUGGAUGGAUACUACUGCACAGAGUUGAAUGGAAUGCCAUGACUUUAGAAAUAUUCUUGUAGAACCACCUUCUUUGCCUUGCACCCAUCAUAUCCUUAAAUAUUUAAGUGUGAACAUUGUGAUUAUAAACUCUAAAAAACAAUGGCAUGGGUGAAAUUCCUAAGAAAACCUGGGGGUAACCUUGGAAAAGUUUAUCAGCCUGGAAGCAUUCUGUCAUUGGCCCCUACAAAAGGCUUGCUAAAUGAACCUGGACAAAACAGCUGCUUUCUUAAUAGUGCUGUUCAGGUGUUAUGGCAACUUGACAUAUUUCGACGAAGUUUAAGAGGUUUAACUGGACAUGUGUGUCAAGGAGAUGCCUGCAUAUUUUGUGCUUUAAAGGCAAUCUUCUCACAAUUCCAACACAGCCGAGAAAAAGCGCUCCCGUCGGAUAACAUGAGACACGCGCUGGCAGAAAGCUUCAAGGAUGAGCAGCGCUUCCAGCUGGGGUUCAUGGAUGAUGCAGCAGAAUGCUUUGAAAAUAUCCUUGAGAGGAUUCAUUUCCACUUAGUGCCAAACAGUGAAACAGAUAUGUGCACUUCAAAAUCGUGUAUUUCUCACCAGAAGUUUGCUAUGACACUGUAUGAGCAGUGUGUGUGUCGCAGUUGUGGAGCAUCAUCAGAUCCGUUGCCUUUUACGGAAUUUGUGCGUUACAUUUCCACCACAGCCCUGUGUAAUGAAGUCGAGAAAAUGAUGGAGAGGCAUGAACGUCUCAAGCCAGAAAUGUUUGCAGAAUUGCUGCAGGCAGCAAACACUGCUGAUGACUACAGAAAGUGUCCUAGUAAUUGUGGUCAAAAAAUAAAAAUCCGUCGUGUUCUUAUGAAUUGUCCUGAGAUUGUCACCAUUGGUUUAGUCUGGGAUUCAGAACACUCUGAUCUGACAGAAGAGGUUAUGCGGAAUCUGGCAACACAACUUUAUCUUCCCGGGCUGUUUUAUAGGGUUACAGAUGAAAAUGCCAAAAACAGUGAGCUUUUUCUUGUGGGAAUGAUUUGCUACACGAGCCGACAUUACUGUGCCUUUGCCUUUCACACCAAGAGCUGCAAAUGGGUGCUGUUUGAUGAUGCUAAUGUAAAAGAGAUUGGAACAAAAUGGAAAGAUGUGGUGUCCAGGUGCAUUCGAUGUCACUUCCAACCAUUGCUGCUGUUUUAUGCCAACCCAGAUGGCACAGCUGUGUCUCCAGAAGAUGCACCAAAGCAGAUUAUUCACUGGUCUCAAUGCAAGGCAGCAGGAGGAAAUGGGGAAGACCAGGGAUUUGAAAAGCAUUCUGCUGCAAAAGCAGACCACGUGAAAGAGAAUGGAAUUGGAGAUUCCACUAAUCAAAGGAGUAGUAAAAAACUUCAGCCAGAUAAUCCUGCAUUCAGUAGAAGCCAUAUUCAAGCAAGUGGUGGUAGAGGCCCAGCCAAAUUAGGAUACAGUGAACAAAAGGACAGGCUAAAGGAUUUAUCCAGAGAGUGUGCCCAGAAAGCUGCUGACAUGAAAAACUUCACAUCUGUACGGAAAGAUGCAGACAGAGGACCAAGGAAAGAGUCUGGGAGACAAAGAGACUUGAUUGGAGAAGAGCGUUCCGGUGCCAAGUCAGGGUCUCCUCCGGUUGGAAACGGACUGCGGCACUGCGUGGAUCAGCGGAUCUACGGCAGCCAGGGAAGGGGCCCCUACAGGCACGACAACCAAGCACCUCACCAGGCAAAGCUUUCUGCACAUGUGCUUGGGUCAAACAAAACAGAGCCUUUUCCUGCUGGGGAGAAACCAGUGACAAGGACACGGAGCGAUGGCGUCACUGGCUACGACACGGAUACCAGUCAAGACUCCAGGGACAAAGGAAGUAUCAGCAGCAGGAGCAGGAGUAAAGGUUGGAAACCAAUGCGGGAGACACUGAAUGUAGACAGCAUUUUCAGUGAGACUGAGAAAAAACAGCACAGCCCAAAGCACAAAGCAGCCCUGAGCAGUAAAUCCAAGCACGAGAAGGAGCGGAGCUUUAACCACUGGCCAAAGGAGAACCAAAUGCAGAAGGGUUUAAUGACUAUAUAUGAAGAUGAGGCAAAACAGGAUACAGGAAGUCGAAGUUCACUGGAUUCUGAGGGAAAAGGGAAUGCUGAGAAAAGCAAAGGAUUUACAGAGAGAAAAAUCCAUGGUGAUAACUGGCAAAUUCAGAGGACAGAAUCUGGGUAUGAAAGCAGUGACCAUAUCAGCAAUGGCUCUGCAAAUCCAGACUCCCCUGUUAUUGAAGGAAUCAGUACGGCAGAUGCCAAGAAUGUGAAGGAAAGUGCUUCCUGCAGUGAACAGAACUUGCCAACCAAAAAAGCUGACAGUGUGGUACAUUCAGUUCCCCAGCAGAACAGAAGCUUCCAUGCCCCAGAUUUGAGGAAAGACCAGAUCAGUUCUGAAGUUAACUACAGACCUCAUCCUCAUGUUGGUUUCCCAACAGAAUUACAUUUGCAGGUGCCCAGUCCUCCAGUAAAGAGAGCUGAAAUGCCUGAGACCAACAGGAAAUUUUUCCCCUCGUCAGCUCUCCAGCCAGUUGUCAGAGAGAUUGUGAAGUCAGACAGCAGGAACAAGGCCAACGAGCCGAACUCUUGCGAGUGGCUCCAGGCAGAGAGGUUUGAGAAGCUGAGCGUGCCGGUGUACUGUGCGGACAGCGUGUCCCAGCCCUUCCCAGACAAUGCCUGUGGCAGGAAGCCCAUCCACAGCGACCUUCCCCCCCCCGCCCAGCCGCAGUCUCAUCACACAAGGAGUGUGUCCCACCACACUCUGGGUCCCAAGGUGGGGCUGGUGCCCUGUGCCCCUCAGAGCCUGCCCGAAAGGCCGGCGGUGCCGCCCGCCCCUCCUGGCGAGCACGGUGGGCACCUGCUCCGGAGGGCAGAUCCCCUCUGGGUGCCUGAAGCUGUGUACCAGAACAUUCCUCCCCCCUUACCUCCCAAGAAAUACGCUCUGAGCACUUUGGCAGGAUCAGAGAAUAACUCGCUAGCGGAUGGAAAAUCAACGGAAGCGUUGCAGAACAGUCCAUUAAGGCAAACAGGUGCACCUUCAAAGUCUGCAUCAGAAGCAAGUGCAGUCCCAGCUGAGCAAAGGCUUAAAGAGCCCUUUCCAGGGAACGAAGUGUUUGUUCACAAACCGGAUUCUCCACCUCGCUUAUCAGUUAAUGAGUUCUGGACCGUGUCUGAGAACAUGCUGAAGAAAGGAUCUCGUCACACGGGACCCAGCCCUGGCUAUGGGAACGCCGAUGGGAACGACAGCGUGUCCCUGACCACUUACUUCUCAGUAGACAGCUGCAUGACUGACACCUACAGGCUGAAGUACCACCAGAGGCCCAAGCUGUAUUUCACAGAGAGUGGAAGCUUCCACAAGGAGAAGCAUCCUGCAGCAGCUGGAGUGGAUCUGAAUGCCACAUACCCUGCCACUCUGGAGCCCAGGCAUCCCACCUCCGAACAGAGGUACAAGGCAAAUGCAGAGGGAAUACACUGCAGUCGAUAGGCUCUUCAAGAAGCCCACACCUGGAUCUCACUUUGGCAUUUCAUGUGGUCUGUAAAGGGGCACAACUUCUGUGUGUGUGUGAUAAUCAGGUACCCAGCUGACUGUACUUUCCUUGGGAUCUGUGACUGUUCAAACGAGUAUGCAAAGAGGCGAACAGAGGAGAAGAGGUGCUAAACUUGUGGUUCUUUGCUUUGUUACUCUAGUUGCCUUAAUGCUUACCUCUGUUACUCAGCUUGUCUUCUUCAGUUUGUAUUCCAUGUGGUCCUUGGGGCGUGCACGCUUUGCAGCAGCGGGAUCAGCUGGAUGUUACAGAUUCUGCAAGAAGAUCUGGUUAGCUGCAGUGUAAGAAGUGUUCCUUCAGACUGUGGUCACUACAUUCUUAGACUAACAAAAGGGAAAAGCAUGCUACCACAACUAAUGCAGUCCAUUUAGGCAUAACAGAGCAGUAUUUGUUCUCAGAGGUAGCAGGUGGUGGCACGGUUUUUUCAACUGAUGUCUCUCAGAGCCUGUGCUUUCACAAACCUUCAAGUGUCUUUUAAUGCAAGUUUAUGAGAGGAUUUAUUUUUUAUUUGAAAAGCCUUAAUAAUAAUAAUAAUAUUUCUUUAAAAACCAUUUUUGGUUUGCAAGUGUUAAAUGAGACUUCCAAAGGGAAUUGAAGUAAACUGCAGUAAUACUUUCCUAUUAAUACCUCGGCUCUGUUAGUGUACGUUUUUAAACACAUUUAUCAGAUUUGUUCACCCUUUAAGCUGUAUACUUUAACUUAUUCAAUUUAACUUCCUAAGUUAGAAACCAGUAUAACAGAAUAGGACGCUAAUUAUAAAUACAGAGUUAUGCAACAAUGAAAUAUUAAUUUUGUAAUAUUUUAGAAGUAAUUCCUACUUACAUUCAGUUCUGACUUAUUCUGCAAUUGCAUGCAAAGUCAAUGCUGCUAUUUAUUAAACUCCCCUUUUUUAUCCAGCUUGACAUUUUGGUUCAUGGGGAUCAUACACUUGAUUUUUUUUUAUUUUUUUUUUUUAACUAACAUAUUUUCCUGUUUGAAACAGUCCUACACAUGAAUAUGGUCUGCAUUAGCAGGUCAGGCUGAAUGUGCAGCCAGACUGGUGGCUAAGGGGGCAUGGAAAGAAGAGGUUCCUCUUUCUCUGCUCUGUCAUUCUGUCUCCAGUUUUGGCAGCUCUGGAAUUUACCUUGUCUUUUGUUAACCUGAAUUGUCUUGGUAACAAGGAGGAAGAUUUAGUUGGCUUUUAUUUGGUUAGUUAAAUCAGUGCACAAAACCAUCUAGUGAGUGCUGAGGCAGUGGCAGCAAAGCCUGGCACAACCCAAAACCACAAAAUUUUUCCAUUACACAUUAGAGUGUUAACUUGGGGUGCUGCUGAUUACAUCUAAACAUAAUGCCUUUUAUUAUGAAAAUAAUGCAAGAAGGUUAAAUAUGCAUAAUAAACACUCUUACUUGCACUGUUGGUCAGAAAGGCUUUUUUUCAUGUUUAUAAUCUUAUGUACAUGUGUUUUAGUGCUUCAACCAAAUGAUGGCAACUGUUUAGCACAAUUAUCCAACGUAAACAUUUAAACAGUAGUUUUGCUUAUUUUGUGGCAAGAUCAGGUUUUUUUUCUCUUUAAAUAACAUGUACCUUACAGUAGAACUGGAACAUUAUAUAUAUGCAACAAACCAGGUAUCUCAGAUUAACCUUCUUUCUACCUUGAUCAAAAUUCAUUGUAGCACUUGAGGAAAAAAAAUGAAUUCUAGAAUUUACAGUGAAAAUACUAUGCAUGUUUCUUAAUGGCUGCUAGUAAACAGCAACUUAAACAAUGAUCCUUUUAUAAGAAAAUCAAUUGAAUACAGAAGAACACUAAAAAUGUAAGAACUUGGGUGAUUCCUAUUGUAAUAUUUUUAAGAGAGAUUUCAGAACCUGUAAAUUAAACUUUUCUAGUUCAUCUAGCCAUGUUACAUAAUAUAUAUAGCCAGUUAAGUACAACUGUCCUCUAAUACCUGUGUAAAAAACAAGAUUAUUGGAAUUUGUAAAUAAUGUAUAAUUUGUAAAAUGUUUUGCAAAAAACAAAAAAAAACCCUUGUAUUUGAAAUGACGACAGUAUUUUUAUGUAUGGAUAGCACAGCAACGACUGUGAAUGGUGUUAGAACACUUAUUUUUAAACAUGCAUAGCAAUGUUGAUACUUCUGUACCAUGAGCAAUAUGAAUGCCUCUUACUGAUACCAAUGAGCUCUGCUCCCAGUAAGCACAACUGGUAAACUCCUCUCUAAAGUAGCUGCAGUGACUUAGGUGUACUUCAGUCUCCUUGCUUAGCUUGGAACAAUCUUACCAGCCAGCUUCUUCUGUGACCCAUGUUUACCAGGUAUUUCAUGAUUACAUAGACAGCUAAUCAAGGCACCUUUGUUUUUAUAUUUGACUCUGCACUCCAUGUAUGUAUGUAUGUAAUAUUUGCUAACUAAUAUGUGAUAACUUGUUUUAACUUACCUAGGGUGCCUAUUUAUUUUUUUAUAAAUGUCCCCCUCAGCUAUAGAUUUGUAUAAGAGCCUAGACCAUUUUGUAACAGUAAAGAUAUUAACAAGUCUUGUAAUUAAUAUAUUUUUCAGUCUUUAGAAUUAUUUACUUGCAAAGUUCUACUUGUUCAAAAUAUCAAGAUAAAAAUUUAAAACUUU